AUGAACAAGCUGCAGAGACUGCUUCAGAACAAGAUCCUAAUCCUGACAAUAUGUGCUGCUGGGAUUGGAGGCACUUUCCAGUACGGUUACAACAUCUCCAUCAUCAAUGCUCCAGCCUCAUACAUCCAGAUGUUCAUGAACACGACCUGGCUGGAGCGCAUGGGCGUUCCCCUGGAGAGCAACGUCAUCCUGCUGCUCUGGUCCUUCACUGUCUCUGCCUACCCUCUGGGAGGCCUCACGGGGGCUGUGGUUGCUGGGCCCAUGGCCAUCAUGCUGGGCAGGAAGAUGUCCCUGCUGCUGAACAAUGUCUUUGUGAUUGUAGCUGCAACCUUGUCCGGCUUCAGCCGAAUGGCCAAAUCCUUUGAAAUGAUUAUGCUCAGCAGAUUUUUCACUGGUGUGAAUGCAGGUGUAAGCAUGAACAUUCAGCCCAUGUAUCUGGCAGAGAGUGCCCCAAAGAAGCUCAGAGGAGCUGUGGCCUUGACCUCUGCAUCAUUUACAGCCCUGGGGCUGGUGCUGGGGCAGGUUGUUGGACUCAGGGAGCUCCUAGGAGGGGAGGAGAACUGGCCAUUGCUCUUAGCAAGCAAUGUGGUUCCUGCUCUGAUCCAGCUCACAGCUCUGCCUUGGUUCCCUGAAAGCCCCAGAUAUCUCUUGAUUGACCGUGGAGACAAAGAAUCCUGCAUCUCUGCAUUGCAGAAGCUCAGAGGCACCAGUGACCUGAGUGCAGAGCUGGAAGAGAUGCUGGCAGAGCAGGCUGCUGUUAAAGGCCAGAGAGCAAAGAACCCGUGGGAGCUGUUCCAGAACCCAGCUCUGAGGUGGCAGCUGGUGAGCAUCGUGGUGCUGAGCAGCGCCAUGCAGCUCUGCGGGAACGACUCGAUGUAUUUUUAUGCAGCUUAUGUGUUCCAAGAGGCCGGAAUUCCUCAGGACAAGAUCCCCUAUGUUGUAAUCGGCACGGGAAGUUGUGAGCUGAUCACAUCUGUCACUUGUAACAUGAUUAUAGACUACGCCGGUCGGAGGCCGCUGCUGCUGGGGGGAUAUAUCUUCAUGGCAGGAUGGGCCAUUGUCUUCAUGGUCGCUCUGAGCCAGCAGACUCAGAUUAGCUGGAUGCCUUAUCUCAGCAUGGCCUGCAUUUUCGCCUAUAUCCUGAGCUUUGGAAUCGGACCAGCUGGUGUAACAGGAGUUCUGCCCACAGAGGUUUUUGAUCAAAUGUCCCGACCAGCUGCUUACAUGAUCUGUGGCUCCCUGCUCUGGUUCAACCUGUUUCUGGUUGGAACAGCCUUUCCAUUCAUUGUGAAGAGUCUAGCACAUUUCUGCUACAUCCCAUUCCUUGUGGUCUGUGUCUGCACUGCCCUCUACGUUUGGUUUUUCCUUCCUGAGACAAAGGGAAAGUCCUUCCUGGAAAUCUCGGAGGAGUUCAGGAAACGGAACUUCAGAACUAGGACCCGUGCCGGUUUCUAUAAAGGCCCUGAGGAGAUCAAAACCACCACAUUGUAGCAGAAGAAAGGAAGAUGGUGUCUGGGGGAAUUCUGCAGUGAAUUCAGCAGUGGCUACGUGCCCUUGCAGGGACACAAAGAGAGAACUUAGGGACAAUGUAUUUACUCUUAGGUUCCUAAGUUCACCUUGAAAACAUACACUUGAACUGAUAAAUCCAAGCAAAAGUUCAAUAAUCUGUUCUCAGCUUUUAGUACUGAGUAACACAUGUUUAUUUUAGAAUCCAUAUCAGAGAGUGACAGAAUGAUGCCUUAUUCUCUUAUCAUCAUACAACACCAUGUAAUGCUUUAGAAAAUUUCUUCACAAUUUCUCCAAACAGUAACUCCCAUUUCAGAAGUCCUUCUUUCCUUGCCCCUGAAUCUGGGCUUUCUAACACAGAAAUUAAUGCGAUUAAAUUCUGUUUUCAGACACCAGAUGAAAUUUUCAGUACCUUGUCGUGGUGCUCCCGUUGUUUCUGUUAUUAAGUGAUUUCAAAUAGACCCCUACUUGUUAAGCAAUAGUGAACAGUUAAUUAUUUUCAGCUAUAAAAACAUGUGACAGAUGGAUUAGAAAGAAAGCUUCUAGUACUUGCUAAGUGGCUUAUUAUACAACAGACUUUUGGGCAUUGUU